GCUGUGUCCGUGCUAACACCUUCACCAGGCUCAGUCAGGAUCCUCCCUGGGGGUGGAGAAGCCAGUCUGUUGCCUACCACAUGAGCCAUCGUCUGGGCAGACAUGGAACACUGCUGGGUCGUCGUCUUGGGGCUUGUCUUGUGGCUGAUGCCUCCCUGCUUGGAUCUGACACAUGAACUGGAACCCCAGCAGGAAUGGACAUACAUGGUACCACACCAAUGUUACUGGUUGUGCUUCAAAUUUGGGGAGUGUGGCUGCCAUUCAAAAACCCCCAACUGCUCCACCUGCCACCACACAGCUGGAGAAGCAUGUUACCAGAAGACCAUGGGGGACUUGAGGACAAAAGCUCUCUGGUGGUUGGGCGUGAACUCAGUGAGUGAGCAUGAGACAGUGUGGAAGAAGCCAUCAGAAGUGACUCCCAAUCCCCUCCUGCACCAUUUUGAUUUCCACUGUGUGUCCUGUGCCAUGUUGAGGAGUCCUGGCCUCAGCAAUAUCAACCAAUUAUUCUACAUGGCUUUCAGGAUGAAUCAGGCCUCCAGACACAGCUCCGAGACAGGGAUGAGGAACCAAAUCACAGGACCCUUCAUCUGUCCCAGGAAUGCCAGUCACCAGGGUUCCUGGGGGCAGCACUGGUUACUGCAGCUUGCAGAUCUGGUACCCCAAGUGACGCGGUAA